GUAAACCAUGAAAAAUAAUGAAGAUAGUAUUUAUCAAUUAAUUACAGAUUUGUGUUUAAAAUUUACUGCCCAUAAAGAUGUUAAAAAAAUAAGAACAAAAUGUUAUGAAAUAAUUUUAGGCAAAAAAUAUCCCCAAUUAAGUGAUAACGAAGUAUUAAGGAAAGACCCUAUGAUUGACUUAAUAUGGUGGAAAAUGAUGUUGGUGGAAAAUAGACUUCCUGACUGGGCCCGAGACUUGUCUAAUGCUGUAGAUGUUGCCCAAGAGGCCUAUGGGGAAAAUCAAUACGACUUCAAACACAUUUUAGAAUUUUUAUUGACUUUAAAAAGGGAACCAAUUGGUGACAGCCAUAAACUGGAUUUGUGGGCUUUACCAGACAUAUUAGAGGAUUUAAAUUUUAUGAAGCAAUUUGAACUUCCACAAAGUCUCAAAGUGGAAUGGGAAAAAAACCAAGAGUACACUUUGAUGAAGAAUCAUAUUUUUAUUACUUGUGGCAGUAAACGUUCAGUCAGGCUUCCAACAACAGUAAAUAGUGGUACCACCAUAGAAACAGACCCAGAUAUGAUACAUCAACAAAAUCCUCCAAGUAUAGAUUUAAGUUUUAGUAAAACAUUAAUUGAUGAGGGAUACAUUUCACCAGAAGAAAAUAUUUGGAAAUUGGCCACAACAUUACCAGUUUAUAAAAGAAGAACUUGGGAGGCAUUAGGUAUAUUAGAGCCUGAAAAGGAAUUACCAUUUUUGUCUGAAUUGGGAGAUCUCCAGUCCUUGUGGAUAGACAAUUUACCUUUCUUAUAUUAUUCUGAUAAAACCAGACAUGAAAAUGUUUUAAAAUACACCAUGAAAACUAAAAGAACGUUUAUUAAAGAUGUAAAGUAUUUAUUAGUUGGAAUGUCCUCUGAUUCAUUUUGCGUGAACAAAAACGGGGAAUUCUACAUAAUGCCAUCAAUAUCUAUAGAAGGAAUAACUCCUAUGUCGUUACAAACAUACUGUCAGGACCUGCUGUUUGCUGGCACCUGCUACAAAGCCUUGUCUAAUUUAAGCACUCCUAAUCCUGCCACUGGGAAAUACGAAUUUCAAGGAUAUAUAAUUACUGAGUUCUAUAAGAGUAUAGGCAGGUAUUUACAAUUCUACAAUACUGCAAUAAUGGGCAUACCAGAUGAUAUUGCAAUAUUAAUGCUACAUGAUAGAACACAUAUUGUCAGGACUCAAAUUAUAACUCUAGCUUCGAUAUGUAAAAUUGGUCCUUUUGCUGAAGAUACAUUCAUACCCCAUGGGGUUGCUUUGCUGAAUUAUCUGUAUAAAACAGUUCUCGCUAUCAGUGAUAGAAAUGUUCUAAUGGUUCUAUAUUCCAUACUUUAUCCUUGUUGUCAAGUUUAUUUUAAUCGUUUUUUAAGUCAGUGGAUACUUGAAGGUAUAAUCAAUGAUCCUUAUGGAGAGUUCUUUAUUCAAGUAAAUGUUAAAUAUCUUCCCACUAGAGGUAGAACCUAUUGGACCAGAAGUGUCUCAUUCAGAGAUGACAUUGUGCCUGACUUUCUAACAGAUUUUAAGGAUGACAUCUUUUACUGUGGUAAACUUAUGAAUCUUCUGAAGCUAUGUGAUCAAGACAGUAAACUAUGUGUAUAUUUAUCAGGCAAUAAACCGCCUAUAAUCACAUGUUGUUUGACAUGUGAACAUUUAGCUGAACUGAAACAAAGCACCAUGAAUUAUUACUUAGAAGUUUGCUCUGACUGCGGCGGAAUAUUUGAUUUGGAGGAAUAUCUAGACAGAUGUGAAGGACCUGAUCCCGUCCUGUUGAAUCUCAUAGCCAAAAAAAGGAGUGUUACUCUUAAAAAACUCGAACUCGAAAGAAAAAGGACCGACAUGAUCGUGAACGAAAAACAACAAGAGGAAUUCCAAAUGUUAAAAGAACAAUAUGACAUUGCACUAGAAAUGAAACAAUUGCAUGUGGCUAAAGAAGUUGAAAGAGAAAUGAAAAUGUUACAAAAAAACGCUUCCUUAGAACAGAAACGUCAAGAUCUAAUCGAUAAAGAAUCCACUAAACUUAUAGAAUAUUACUCGAAUUUGUGCGCCGAUUCUGAACUAAAACUGCAGAAGAUGGCGAACAAUAACAAAGCUUUAAAAGCUAUUUUGAUUGAAGGAGAGCUUGAUAAAGUCUCCGUAACCAGUGAUGAAAUAAAAGUGGUGAAGAUCGCCUCCAAUUUCACCAUAAAUGACUCAGAAUCUAACUUAACAUUUUCGGUUAAAGAUACUUCAGUUGUCAAUGAGAAGCCAGAGGUAGAUAUACAAAAGAAAACCUCAACUGUGAAUAAAGAUUUGGAUGAGUUAAACGCGAAUAAAAUUGUCGAUGCUACGACUAGUCCCAAAAGCGAUAAGGAAAGGUACGACGAAAGCAUACACAAAACAAUUAAUAUUUUGGAAGUGGCAAAAAAUAUAAAGAAGAAGGUAAUGACGGAAGAAAUGGGUUUAAUAAAUAAUGAACCACUGAAAAAAAGUCCUCUAUUGACUCCGCAAAUGAUGGAAGCAAGACGCAACAAAGUGAAAAUUUUAUCGGCAGAGUUUGGUAUUGAUAUUCGAACAGAAGACGUUGUAAAAUCUAGACCUAUGACAAGCUUGCAGAUCAACAGAAAUAAAAUGAUGAUGACAUCGCCUAAUUGCUAUGGAAUGCAGUACAACGAUAACGAGGACCAAGCUAAUAAAAAUAUACCGGAGAGCAAGAUUGAUGUGAUGAAGAAGUCUAAGUCUUUAACGCUGGACUUGCAAAAAUCGAAAGAAACGGAAAAACCGACGCCGAUGUCGGUGGAUUCAACUCCAUUAAGUGAUGUGAUACCUGCAAGCGGCCUGCACACUCCGGCAAGUACAAUACUGGAUAGUAUUCCGACAACAUCUGAAACUAGACAAACCGAUGACGGAGGUUUCGACUUCAGUGUGGAACCGGAGAUUAAGUUGCCCACAGUUGAGAUUACGACGAGGUCGUUCUCCAAACUAAUCACCAAACAGGAGGCCGCAAACAUUUUCACCAAUUGCACCAAAAUAUUUAUAAUUGACAGUAUCAUGGAACCGCUGAAAGCGCAAACCAAGCUUGCGAACAGCGAACUGAUGAAAUUGUUCAUUGAAAAACUACAAUUUUUGAACCACCUCAAUACCUUGCGCAAUUAUUUUUUCAUGCAGGAUGGCGAAUUUGGUAGAAAUAUGACCGAAAACCUGUUUGAAAAGUUGUAUGAAGUAAGUGCACAACCGGAAGACUUAAAUUGUAGGCUGUUGCACAAUGUGGCGUUCGGAGUUUUAGAUUUCUUCAAAACGAAAUCAAAAAAUGCUUCGGGAUUGUCCUUUAAAAUUAACAACUUACCUAAAGGUUCCGAUUUGAGCAAUCCAGACGUACUAGAUUGUUUGUCUUUAACCUACAAAAUGGAAUGGCCUAUGAACAUUCUCCUUCCAUCGGACAUAAUUGCUAGAUACGACGAGCUUUUCAGAUUUUUGAUGAAGUUGAAACGUCUUGAUUGGGUUUUGAAGAAAUCCUUCAUGGACUUAAAAGUUAUGAUAAAAAGUAACAAAGCCAAACCUUUAACCACUUCCCCACAUUUCAGAAAAGUGGAAUGUUACAGACACAUCAUGAUGCACGUUGUCCAGUGCAUUCAAAAUUACAUAGUCGGCAUUGUAUUGCAAAACGCAUGGACAAACAUUAAGAAGGAUUUGUGCGAGGCAAAAAACAUCGAUGACUUGUAUCAUUUUCACAUGCAUUACAUCAAAAAUAUCCUGCACAAGUGCUUCUUGUCUCAGAAAACAAGUCCGUUUAAGGAUAUUAUUCGGAAAAUUUUUAUUGUUAUUUUCAAAUUCAACAAUCAUAUACAGCCAAAAAAUUGGAAAUGUGUAGAUCACGUCUACGUUCAUUCGUCAUUUGUCAAAAUAGAAAUUAUAUUUAAUAACUUCAUCGCGUUAGUUCAGUAUUUUAUCAAAGUGUUAAAGAAAGUGACUAAAACGGGUUAUCAUCCUCAACUUUUACAAUUUAUAUAUUUAUUGGAUCUAUAUGAGUAUUUUAGUAAGAGUAAAACAUAAUUUUUUUUUAUAUUUUUUAAUUAUUUAUAUUUCGCUCUGUAAAAAAUAAAAUCAAGUUUAUAUUUGAAAAAUUUUACUACAUUAGACCAUUAGUAUUUUAUCAAAGUGUUACAAAAUGCGACUAACAGAAGUUAUCCUCCUCAACUUUUACAAUUUAUAUAUUUACUGGAUCUUUAUGAAUAGAAUAUAACAUCUCAAUUACUUUUAUGAGAUUCAUUAUUGUUGUUUAUAUUAUUAUUAUUAUUAUUAUUUUACUAUUUAAAAAUAAAGGUAUUUAACUUG